UCAUCAGAGCAAAUUAAACAUGGCCGACGGUGAGUGAUAGAUGGCCAAAGUUAGCGAAAACCGUUGGUAAAGCCUGGGAGGCUCUCGGCGUUUGCUGCAGGUAUUUGAACUUUGUUGUGCGCCGCAACUGUAUUUUUGUAUAUUUGGAUACAUCCCACACCUGAGCUGGAGCUUCAGGUUGAGUUUGCUCGCCCGCAAAGGCCUUACUAAACCGGGCAUUAGCCCGCGGUGUUAGCCACGUUAGCAACCGAACCAGCGCCUGCUUUUGUUUUUGUCAGGCGGUGUGCGCUAGAGGGCUGGCACUGUGAAGCCGUUUAGCCUUUUUUUAUUUCGCCUUUUUUCCUUAAAAAAAUUACACAUUUUUCUGAACUGGACUGUGUUGCUCUUUAGAUUAAUUCCGCAGCUUUUUAUAUACUAUCACGGGUGGGGUCCAGCGCGUCUCGCAGCGUGUCGGCAGAGCUGUUCAUUAAAGGCCAACUUCGCAACAAAGCCAUACUUCUUGCAAAACUGACAAGACACUCGCUUUUGAGCUGCCGGACCGUGCCUGUACAUGAACAUUACACCCAGGUAACAUGGAUCCAAAGCGCGCACACGGUAAACCUCAAACAAGCGGCGACGGCAGCAGCGGCGACUCCAGCUGCGGCAGCCCCGCGUCCCCGUCCGACAGCCCCGCACCGGCGUCUAGCAAAGCCACUGCGCCCGGAGGCAACGUAUUCGCCAACGACGGCAGCUUCAUGGAGAUGUUCAAGAAGAAGAUGGAGGAGGAGAGAAGGAAAAAGGAGACGCAGCAAACAGAUGGAGACGCGAAAGCCACCGAGCAAGGACGGACAUCAGUGGAAAAGAAGCCCCCUCCCGUGACGAGCUUUGUGGGGAAGCGCAGAGGCGGUGUGUUCCUAAAGACCGGCAUGGUUGCCAAGAAGCAGAAACAGGACACAGAGGCUGAGCCAGGCAAGAGCGAUGCUUGGUCAAAGUACAUGGCUGAGGUGAAAAAGUACAAAGCCCACCAGUGUGGCGACGACGAUAAAACCAGGCCUCUGGUCAAGUAGGCUCCGCAAGGUGAACAUGAAGCGACAGUGUUUACUGGGAGAAGCUCCGGGAGGGCCGGCCAAUCCUGACCUUCUCAUACUGCCAGUUCACGUUACCUUUCACAUCACGGCUCUCACAAACUCCUUAGACUGUCACACCCCCCCUUCCCUUUUUUCUUUUGUAUUUGCCUUGCUUGUUAUUUGUUUGGGCGUCAGUGAUUUGAUCUGGUGUCAAAAGGUGUUUCAGAAUCUUGACAAACAUUAUUCAUCAUUAUUAUUAAAUCUUUUCAAAUUUGA